AUGGCGGAAAUCUUAGACAUUCAGAAACCAAUCAUCUUUGAUGAAUCAAUUUCUCACUAUGAGGUUCAUUCACAUCAACAUUAUGCUUCAUCAACAUUUAACAAUAGUGAUGAAAUUAGAAUCAGUAUUCAACAUCAGGACUUAUGCAUUCUACCAAGCAAAAGUUCUUUGCACAUUUGCGGAAGAUUUGUAAAAGAAAAUGGCACCGGCGCAGGUGCAACUAUGAACUUAGUCAAUAUGGCUAUUUGUCAUAUGUUUGAAGAAAUACGCUAUGAAUUAAAUGCGGUUGAAAUUGAUAGAUGUAAAAAUGUGGGUCUUACAAGUCUCAUGAAAAAUUACAUAUCUUUGAGUCCUGGGCAAGUCAAUUUAAUGGAGAAUGCUGGAUGGUUGAUCAAUAAUGAUAGUAAAUUGACUAAUGAUGAUGGAUAUUUCAACAUUUCUAUACCACUAAAUUACAUACUUGGAUUUGCCGAAGAUUAUAAUCGUAUUAUCAUGAAUGCCAAACAUGAAUUAAUUCUUAUACGAUCAAAUUCUGAUGUUAAUACAUAUAUACAUACACCUGCUGCCACUGGUGAUAGGGCUGAAAUAGUGAAAAUUCUUCUCAAUAAGGUAGAAUGGAAUGUCCCAUACGUCAAAAUGUCAGACAAGCAAAAAAUUCAAGCACUCAAUUUUAUUGCUAAUGAUCCAGCUAUAUAA